UGAAAAUGGCCGCUUGACCGUCGAAAGCGGCUUGCUGUCAAAAUAUAAAAAUAAUUUAAAGUAGCGCGUAUGAAUAAUUUUAAUGAAAUCAAACGAAUUUUACUACGUUCUUUUAUAUUAAGAUUGGAGGAAACAAAUAAUUUUUAGCUCAGAUGUUGUAACAAUUAGCUCGCAAAGGUCAUUUACACCUUUGCAAUUCGCUUCGUGUCGUGCGUAUUGAAGCAGCACUUGUGAAUCGGUGUUUACGUCUCAGGAUGAGUGAGGAGGAUAGCGAAGGUUCGCCCGUGCGGUUCAAACGGAAAACCAAGACUGUGGGUGUCUUGACUUCUUCAUCAGAGUCCGAUAGCGAUGAUAGCAUCGGCGUGGCGGAUACACGUAGAAAGAGGCUUCGGGUUUUAAGUGACGAGGAAUCUGCCAGCGGUAGCGACAGCUCAGUGGCAGUUGGUGGUGUUCGUAAACGUGAGCUGUGUAAACUGCGAUAUUCAGAUGAUGAGAGUGACAUCUCGGGAUGGACAACUGAUGACUCCAAUGCAGCAAAGACGCUACCAACACCACACAAACCUGCAGCACAAACAUCUGGAUUUGCAUCAGACAGUUCUGAAGGGAAUUCUGAUAAAUGUUCAAUCUGCCUUCUCCGCUUCAAAGACCAGGAGGUGGGCACUCCGGAGAACUGUGACCAUAUAUUUUGUGUGGACUGCAUAUCGGAAUGGGCUAAAAAUGUCAAUACAUGUCCAGUAGAUAGAAUUACGUUUAAUUCUAUAAUUGUGAAAACCCAUGCUGGUGGAAGUGUCAUAAGGUCUGAUCCCGUGAAAGUGCUGCCACGGAGAUCUUCAUCAGAUAUACUUAUAUUGGAAGAUUCAACAUAUUGUGAGGUGUGUUCAAGUCCAGAUAAUGAAGAAACAAUGUUACUUUGUGAUGGAUGUGACCGUGGUUAUCACAUGCAGUGCCUCACACCACCUCUCACUACAGUGCCUUUAUCUCAAUGGCUUUGCUCAUUAUGUCAAAUUCUUCUGGAAGCUGAGAAUACGUCGGACCUCGAUGACUUGGAGGCCAUCAGGUCACGUAGGUUGCGAAGAAAUUUAAGAGCAAUGCCAAGAAAUUAUGACACAAUUGAAGAGCCGUCGACAUCAAGUGGUCGGAGUAAUGUACAUAUAAAUGAACCUACUACGUCUCGGGGUACGAGCACAUCUCAAAGAAGGUCCAGAUAUUCCAGAAGGUCAUCAGGAACACAACGAAGGAAACGGAAACUAAAGACUAAUGCAGAUGUAGACAGACAAAAUAGAAAUAAAAAACUUAAGAAGCUUAAGAAGAAAAGGAAGACGAGACGGCAACCGAGAACAGCAGCGCGUCGUUCCCACGUACGAGCGAGCGUGCGCGCACAACUUGUCAAUUUAAAAAUCACUUCAAAUGAUAUAAGAAUCUACUCCUCGCCGUCAGAAACACAGAACUUGUCCAGUCUAAGACAAAGGGCUGGUAUCACUUCACUCAGUCUGUUUGGAAAUGACUACGAGCUGGAUCAUUUCACAGACGAUGAACAAGAUAAUUCUAGUGGCCUGAUGACUGCUGUUAUGCGACCAACUUCUAACAUGCUGUCUGCUUACAGACAGGCGAGAAGAAAGAUGGUUUCUAUUCCAUCUCCUCCACAAACAUCAACAGCACCGGAUAUUCUUUCCAGCAUAAUAGAAAGUCAAACUUUAUUAUAUUCUAAGAAUUCUAUCGUGUCCGUAUCUGUUGAUGGCAGUAUUGAUAUUCAAUUACAAAGAAAUAAAAAUAAUAGUUUGCCCAAAAAUAAUUCAAAUCCAACAAAAUCUGAUGACAAAGUUGAUUUAUCAAAAGGUGAAGACGCAUCUAAGAAAGCUCCUUCGUAUCCCGGACAGUCUCGCGGUGGAGGCUGGGGCGGCGGAUAUCGCGGGAACUAUCACAGGGAACAAAACUCGAAUUUCAACAGAGGCAACUACGACAAUAACUACGGAGGAAACUAUCAAAAUCAAAGACAAGGAAACAUUAACUAUCAGAAUAAUAACAUGAGACGCGACGAAUCCGAUAACUUUGGUAACUACGCGAGAAGACCACCGCAGUAUUCACACAACGAUGACUCAUUUUAUGAUAGACAAGGUCCGAAUAGAAGACAGAUUCCUAACGAUGCUAAUAGAGGUCAACACUAUGGUCCACAUCAGAGAUUAAAUGAUCAAGGUCCUGGGCGAUAUAGUUUAGGUCCAUCCUGGCAAUCUUUUCCUAUGGGCAGCGGACCAAGACCUGAAAACCCGACAACGCACAAUAGACAUUCUUUCGGUGGUUUCGAAAACCCACUUGAUAUGCGAAUGGGACAAGCACCUUAUCCUGCACAAAUAAAUUCAAACAAUUUGUACUCACGCUCAGAGACUGUCGUGAAUAAAUCGCAAACACCAGAUUAUCAGCCGUUACCGGAACCACCGAUGUUUAAUUUCUCUAAAAUGUCGGAACCUGAAAAAUCUGAAGAUGAAAGAAGUGAUUCUGGUUUGGUUAUCGAUACUGAAAAAUACGAUCCGACUGAACCUACAAAUGACGAUGACAGUUGCGAGGAUGAUAAAACACAAACAAAAUCAGUGUCCCUGCCAGGUUUACCUGCCCUGCCAGGUCUGCCAGGUCUGCCAGCUCAGCCAGCAGCCGAGCAGUCUCCCCCGCCCACACCCGCUACAGUUCAAAAUAUAUUAGCGGGAAUAGAUACUAGUACAAUGAAUGUGCCUCAUAAUAUAUUAGAUAGCGCUGUAAGACAAGUUUUAAAAGAGCAUAGAAAUUUAUUAUCUUCACCUAAGUUACAAUCUAACGUAACUAAUAAUGACAAAAGUGACGACGAGUCUGAUGGUGAUUGUCCCAAUUUUUCUAUUUAUUCCGCCACAAGUGUUCAUAUUGCAAAUACAAGUAACAAUUUACCAGUCGAGGUCGUCAAGGAAGUGCCGCAAGAUGACCUUGAAGACCUCGUCCAGGAGGAUGAUGAUGUACCUCCGCCCGAUUUAACCCCAAAUGAGGCCUUAAAUACAUCCGUAAUGAAUAACAAACCUUUAACAGAUAACUCUAUUAGUAAUAAGCCUCAUUAUUCUAGUUCCGAAAGUAGUAUUAAAAAGAAAACAGACGAAGAAUAUAAGGAGAAAGUAUCAAAGAGAUGUCCAAUAACUACAAACACGCGAAAUCCUAUAAAAAUAAAACUUAAUAAACAUUCUCUUAUAAAAAGACAUUUAAAUUUAUACGACGAAGAAGAUACUUAUGAAGAAACAGAGACAGUAGAUAAAUGUGAAAUAGUCGAUAAAACUGAGACAGUCGACAAAUCUGAGAUGAGUGGAAAAUUUGUCUCCAGCGUCCGUGAGACAACUCCUGAAGAAAAACCAGAAGAAAAUGUAAAUAUGAACAUGGAUAAAAAUGAAGAAAAAAGUGUAGAUGAAACAAAUAACCAAAUAUGUAAAGACACGAAUAUUUCUGAAGACAAUAAGGACGCGCAAGCAUCACCGCUAACUCCGACAUUCGAUGAACCUGGCACAGAGAAAGACAAAGACAGUGACUUAGAAAACGCAGAAAAAGCAGAAAUAAAUAAUGAAACAGCUACUGAAGAGGCCAAAGAGUUAGAAGAAGAGGCUGAGGAACUACCAACAGAACUGUUAUCAAAAGACACAGACGCUAACAAUAGCGAGCUUGGUAAAUCCGAUAGCGAAAAAUCUGACAACGAAGUGCAUUCUGAUGAUGAAGACUCCGAAGACGAAAUCUGCCUCAAAGUUCAUUCGUCAGAAAAAGACAGCGCACCGGAAAAGGAAGGUGUAGAAAAAAUGACGGAGUCUAUAAGUGAAACCGAAGACGAACGUAGCUACACGCCCUGCCUAGAUGAGAACAAGUCGAAGGAUACGUCGCUAGAAAACGAAAAAGAAAAGGGAAUAGAAGGUCUCGACACCGAGAUGAUAUCCGAUGAAGAAGGAAACGAAAUGUUUUCUGAAAAUGAAAAAGCUCCCUCGGAAACGUCGCUCACCUCUCCGGUUAGAACGCAACCUGCUGCAGUACAGGAGGAAAAAGUUUCAGUAAAGAAAAAAGAGACCAAAGGUGAAGAUCGCGAUGAUAAUAAAAAGAAAAAGAAGAAAGAAUCCAAAAAAGAAGCCAGAGAUAAAAAUAAAAACAAACAUAAGAAAGCCGAUAUUUCGUUCAAGAAGCUUAGCAAAAGUGGUAAAGAAAGAAAUUACAGAGAGAGGGAUAAAGACGAAAAGAGUAAAAAUAAAAAAGAUCGUCGCGAGUCGAGCGAAACGGCGGAAGAGAAACAAAAAAGGCGCAAAGAAAAAAGAAAGGAUUUGGAGAGAUACGACGUCCGAACUGUCGUCACGGAAAAAAGAAAGAAGUUGAAAGACGCGUUCGGGCGAGACAUCUCUCCGCGUCUGCGCUCCACCUCCCUGUCGCCCCUCGAAGAUCCCUCCCCCUCGCGGACGAGGCGGUCCUUUUCCAGGAGUCGAAGAUCCGUCUCUCGAGGUCGAAAAUCAUUGUCCAGAAUAAGAAGGUCGCCGUCGAGGGGACGCAAGUCUCCCUCCAGAAAUAGGCGAUCCUUGUCUCGCGCACGCAAGUCUCCUUCCAGGAGUCGCAGAUCACCGUCCAGAGUCCGCAAGUCGCCGUCGCGCGGCCGCAGAUCUCGCUCCCUGGGAAGAAAGUCGCCAUCCAGAGGGAGAUUGUCGGUUCCGAGAGUGCGCGGAUCGCCUCUCAGGGCGAGGAAUUCUCCGCUCAGAGGCCGCAACUCUCAGCUCCGAGUGCGACGCUCGGCGUCCAGAGGUCGGCGCUCGCCCUCCUCCGUUAUACUGAGACGAGCGCGCGUCUCCCUGUCGCCGCGGUCCGCCACGCCGCGCAUCUCGCCGCGCAUCUCGCCGCGCCGCUCGCCGUGCCGCUCGCCGCGACGCUCGCCGGAGCGCAAGCGGCGUCGCUCAGUGUCGGCUCGCCGCCGCGCCUCGCCGCGCCGUCGUCGCUCCCUGUCGCGCGGCAGGAAGCGGCGCAGGUCCGCCUCGCGCAGUCCCAAACCGAAAUCCACCAAAAAGAAGAAACGCUCGCGCUCCGAGCGACCCUCCUCCCGCCGCCGCUCGCCGCGACAAAAAUCACCCAAGAGGAAAAAGAACAAACGGCCGACGAUCAGCCGCUCGCCCGAGCCGGCGCCGCUGCGGCCAGUCGCCGCCGAAUGGUCGCCGCCCUCCGUGGACUCGCGCCUGCUGUCGCCGCGCACGCCGCCGCCCGACCUGUCGCCCGACCCCUGCCAGCUCAGAGUCAUCGUCGCCGCGGACGACAAGAGGAAGCGCAAGGAGAAGAGGCGGCGCGACCCCGACCGCCUGCGACACAAGCGAAUCCGCGACGCCGUCGGACCCUCCAAGGAGGUGUUCACCUCCGGGGACAACAUUCUCGUCAGCGUCAGCUUCAAGGAUCAGGAGCGGGACGAGCAGGGCGAGAAGCGCAAGCGCCGGGAGACGAAGAGAGAAAAGAGAAAGCGGAAGAGGACGACCGUGCCGCCCGAGGCGGAGACCGCAAAGCCCGUCGCCAUCAUCGACCUCGAGCGCUCGCCCUUCCGCGAGCUGACGCCGUCCCCGAAGAACGUCAUAGUGCUGAGCGACAGUGACCACGGCGAGAAGGAGGAGACCGAGCCGAGAGAGAGGCGGGAGGUCGGCGUUGUCCGGCCGGCGGAGGCCGAGAACACGGCCGUCGUGGAACCGCUGCCGAGCGCACCCCCCGCCGGGCCCAAGACUCCGCCCGAGCCCGAGGCGCCGCCUGAGCCCGCCGCCUCCCCGCACUCGGCCGCCUCGCCCGCCUCCGCGGCCUCCGCGCGCUCGCCCGACGCCUACGAUCCGUACGAGCCGACCCGCUCGCCGUCCGCGUCGCCCGGCGGGGGCGCGGCGAGCGGCGGCGGCUCCAUGACGCUGGAGGCGGCGCAGCGUACCAACCUGUCGGCGGACGAGGUGCUGGCGCGCCGGCCGCUCUCGCCCAUAGAAAAAGUAUUGGCGCUGCUACAGUCGACGCGCGAGGAGGCGCCGGAGCCGCCGCCCGGCCCGGAGACGGAGGCGCCGCCGCGCGUUAUGCUGCCGGAGGUGCCGCGCGCGACGCCCAAGCUGUUCGUGGGCAAAGCGGAGCCCAUUAAGUCUCAGCCGGUGAAGCCGAUGGCGCGGCGCGAGGACGAGCAGGCGGACUCGCCCUACUCGCCGGGCUCCAGCGAUUUCGGCGACCUGUUCGAGCCGCCCGCACCGUCCGGCCCGCCCUCGCUCGGCGGCAAGCGCGACAUCUUCGACGCGCUGUUCGACAAACCGCCCUCGAAGCAGCGCAAGAACAAAUCCUCCGCUGCCAAAGUGCCCGUUAAACUCAAUAAAAAGAAAGGAAUCAAAACUCAAGUGGGAGUCAAACUAGACGAGGAUAACCUAAAGAUCUUGGACGACCUGCCGAGCUCCGCCGUCGAGAUGCAGGUCAAGAGCAAGUUCUUGAAGAAGCUGAACCGGCAGGAGCGCGUGGUGGAGGAGGUGAAGCUGGUGCUGAAGCCGCACUACAACAAGAAACACGUCACAAAAGACGAGUACAAGGACAUUCUGCGCCGCGCCGUGCCCAAGAUUUGCCACAAUAAAUCUGGCGAAAUAAACCCGACCAAGAUCCAGGCGCUGGUUGAGGCGUACGUGAAGAAGUUUAGGAAAAAACACAAGCUGGGCCUCGCGUAGCGGCUGCGUGUAGUUUGUAACAUAGUGCCGGCAGAAAAUCAGAUUAUUGUAAUUAUAAUUUAUGUAUGGUCACUGUAUCUUACUUAUGUUUUAUUUAAAUAAAAUUAAUAUAGAGUUUACUUGAAAUAUAGACCUUUUUUAAUGCA